CGGUGGGAGGUGGCGGCGCCGGCGGCUGGCCGCGUCCCUGAGGUACUGGUUCCCGGUGGCCGGCUCCGCGGCCCCGCGGUCCUCCGGGCCGAGUCCCGCCGGGGAGAGGGGUGCUCCCGGAGGGCAGGCGGGCGGGCCGCUGUGGCCGGGCUUUCUUCUGUCUUCUGGAAAGAACAUUGCUUGGGGAAUCCCCUGCCCUUUCAAGACUCAGGAGGAUGAAAGUCAUCACGUGUGAGAUUGCCUGGCACAACAAGGAGCCGGUGUACAGCCUGGACUUCCAGCACGGCUCUGCCGGGAGGAUCCACAGGCUGGCCUCGGCCGGCGUGGACACCGCCGUCAGGAUCUGGAAGGUAGAAAAGGGACCAGAUGGAAAAGCCAUUGUGGAAUUUUUGUCCAAUCUUGCUCGUCACACCAAAGCUGUCAAUGUCGUGCGUUUUUCUCCAGCCGGGGACAUUUUAGCAUCGGGAGGAGAUGACGCCGUCAUCCUGCUGUGGAAGGUGAACGACAACAAGGAGCCUGAGCAGAUCGCUUUCCAGGAUGAGGACGAGGCCCAGCUGAAUAAGGAGAACUGGACUGUGGUGAAGACCCUGAGGGGCCACUUAGAAGAUGUGUAUGAUAUUUGCUGGGCAACAGAUGGGAAUUUAAUGGCUUCUGCCUCCGUGGACAACACAGCCAUCAUCUGGGAUGUCAACAAAGGACAAAAGAUAUCAAUUUUUAAUGAACACAAAAGUUAUGUACAAGGAGUAACCUGGGACCCUUUGGGUCAGUAUGUUGCUACUCUGAGCUGUGACAGGGUGUUGCGGGUGUACAGCACGCAGAAGAAGCGGGUGGCUUUUAACGUUUCCAAGAUGCUGUCUGCAAUAGGGACCGAAGGAGAGGCACGCAGUUACCGGAUGUUUCAUGAUGACAGCAUGAAGUCAUUCUUCCGUAGACUCAGUUUUACUCCCGACGGAUCCUUGCUCCUCACACCAGCCGGGUGUGUGGAAUCUGGUGAAAAUGUAAUGAAUACAACUUAUGUUUUCUCCAGGAAAAAUCUGAAAAGGCCGAUUGCACAUCUUCCCUGCCCUGGAAAGGCCACUCUUGCCGUUCGCUGCUGUCCCGUCUACUUUGAGCUGAGGCCAGUGGUGGACACAGACCAGUCAGCACACGAGCCAGGCAUGGAGCUGAUGGACCUGCCCUACCGCCUGGUGUUUGCAGUGGCCUCCGAGGACUCUGUGCUCCUGUAUGACACACAGCAGCCCUUCCCCUUCGGUUACGUGUCCAACAUUCAUUACCACACCCUGAGUGAUAUUUCCUGGUCCAGUGAUGGGGCCUUCCUGGCCAUCUCGUCCACUGAUGGUUAUUGUUCAUUUGUGACCUUUGAGAAGGAUGAACUUGGAAUACCUUUGAAAGAGAAGCCAGUUUUGAUCAUGCGAACUCCUGAUACGGCAAAGAAAACUAAGAAUCAGGCACACCAAGGAUCUUCACCGGGGUCCAGAUCCAUAGAGGGGACGCCCACCAGCAGAACCCAGGACUCCAGCAGUCCCUGUACAACCCCACCCCAGGCCAGACAGUCUCCGGCCCCAGCAGCCGUCAAGGACACGCCUCCCGUUCCUGGUGUCGGAAGCCCCUUGCCAGGACCUUCAGAGGAGAAGACCCCGCAGCACAGCAGUCAGAACCCAAGAGCGCCUCCACCCCGGAGGGUCACGCUCAACACCUUGCAAGCCUGGAGCAAGCCAACACCCCGGAGAAUAAACCUAAUACCCUUAAAGACAGAGACUCCACCAGAUUCUGCACCUCCCAGUGUUAUUUCCUCUCCAUGCACAGAAGAAACACAGGCAGAGAUGUCUGGAGACCCUCAGGACAGUCCCCCACAGCUGAAGCAGCCCAGGCUGGAGGAGAACAAAGGACACACACAAAGCCUGGACGCUUGAGGGGACCCUGACUUCUGCCUGCCAGGUCUCGGAACACCCAUGUGGACAAGGCAGAUAGGCCUGAGGCCAAGGGCAUGGAGUGGAACAGACGCUUGUAAAUUGAUUUCCACGACAGAAGACACUUGGUGUACUGAGUCUUCCAGACAUGCGUGCUCUGCAUUUGCAUCAUCUUUCCUCCGGGCUGUGAGUGUUGCCUUGGAUCGCACGCGCUGCUGCUGAGCUUCUGCAGCGUGGAAAUCGCUGACCCCUCCCUGGAGUCCUCGUGAAAGGGCGCAUGGCCCCCUUUAGCGUCCGGGGAGAGGUAAUUUGAGAAGGUUUAUUCUCUUGAAUUUUAGAGUGCUUGAAGUGAUUGCUAGACUUGGCUUCUAUUUUUGAUUAAACUUCGGAAGUUCUUCA